UUUUUUUUUUUUUUUGCCGCGAAAUAGCCAAGGCGCGGCGGUACCGCGGGGCGCGGGGGUCCCGGGGCAGGUGGGCGCCAUGUCGGGCUUCGACGAGCCCGGCAUCUACUACAGCGACAGCUUCGGCGGCGAGCCGGCGGCGGACGAGGGGCAGGUGCGGAAAUCCCAGCUGCAGCGGCGCUUCAAGGAGUUCCUGCGGCAGUACCGCGUGGGCACGGACCGGACGGGCUUCACCUUCAAAUACAGAGAUGAGCUCAAGCGGCAUUACAACCUGGGUCAGUACUGGGUGGAGGUGGAGAUGGAGGACCUGGCCAGCUUCGAUGAAGAUCUCGCUGACUACCUGUACAAGCAGCCCGCUGAGCACCUGCAGCUGCUGGAAGAAGCAGCAAAAGAGGUUGCAGAUGAGGUCACCCGUCCUCGUCCUUCGGGGGAGGAAACCCUCCAGGACAUCCAGGUCAUGCUGAGAUCAGACGCCAACGCAGCCAGCAUCCGUAGCCUGAAGUCCGACCAGAUGUCCCACCUUGUGAAGAUCCCCGGGAUCGUAAUUUCGGCAACCCCCGUGCGAGCCAAAGCCACCAAAAUAGCCAUCCAGUGCCGCAGCUGCCGGAACACCAUCAACAACAUCGCCGUGCGCCCGGGCCUCGAGGGGUAUUCUCUCCCUAGGAAAUGCAACACAGAACAGGCCGGCCGCCCGAAGUGCCCACUGGACCCCUAUUUCAUCAUGCCAGAUAAGUGCAAGUGCGUGGACUUCCAGGUCCUGAAGCUGCAGGAGUCCCCCGACGCCGUGCCACAUGGGGAGAUGCCCCGCCACCUGCAGCUGUACUGCGACAGGUACCUGUGUGACAAAGUUGUCCCAGGCAACAGAGUCACUAUCAUGGGCAUUUACUCCAUCAAGAAGUCUGCCCAGAGCAAGAACAAGAGCCGGGACAACGUCGGUGUGGGCAUCCGAAGCGCUUACAUCCGCGUGGUGGGCAUCCAGGUGGACAUGGAGGGCUCAGGACACAGUUUUGCUGGCUCGGUGACCCCUCAGGAAGAGGAGGAACUUCGUUGCCUCGCUGCCAUGCCCAACAUCUAUGAGACGAUAGCCAAGAGCAUCGCGCCCUCCAUCUAUGGCAGCGCUGACAUCAAGAAGGCCAUUGCUUGCCUCUUGUUUGGAGGCUCUCGCAAGAGGCUCCCAGAUGGGCUGACCCGCCGAGGAGACAUCAACUUGCUGAUGCUGGGUGACCCUGGUACGGCCAAAUCCCAGCUGCUGAAGUUUGUAGAGAAGUGUUCACCAAUUGGGGUGUACACCUCGGGGAAAGGCAGCAGUGCUGCCGGCCUGACAGCCUCGGUCAUCCGCGACCCGUCCUCAAGGAGCUUCUUCAUGGAGGGAGGAGCCAUGGUGCUGGCAGACGGCGGAGUGGUGUGCAUCGAUGAGUUUGACAAGAUGCGGGAGGAUGACCGUGUGGCCAUCCACGAAGCCAUGGAGCAGCAGACCAUCUCCAUUGCCAAGGCAGGCAUCACAACUACGCUGAACUCCCGCUGCUCGGUGCUUGCAGCUGCCAACUCCGUCUUUGGGCGUUGGGAUGAGACCAAAGGCGAGGAGAACAUUGACUUUAUGCCUACCAUCCUGUCCCGAUUUGACAUGAUCUUCAUUGUCAAGGAUGAGCACAACGAGGAGCGAGAUGUGACGUUGGCCAAGCACGUGAUGUCCUUACACGUCAGUGCCUUGACGCAGACCCAGGCUGUGGAGGGUGAAAUCGAACUGAACAAGCUGAAGAAGCUCAUCUCCUUCUGCCGCACGAAAUGUGGCCCCCGGCUGUCGGCGGCAGCGGCGGAGAAGCUGAAGAACCGCUACAUCCUGAUGCGGAGCGGCAGCCGCCAGCACGAGCAGGAGAGCGACCGUCGCUCCAGCAUCCCCAUCACCGUCCGGCAGCUGGAGGCCAUCGUGCGCAUUGCGGAGUCCCUCAGCAAGAUGAAGCUGCAGCCCUUUGCCACCGAGGCAGAUGUUGAGGAGGCCUUGAGGCUCUUCCAGGUGUCCACGCUUGAUGCAGCCAUGUCGGGCAGCCUGUCAGGGGCGGAAGGCUUCACGACGCAGGAGGACCAAGAGAUGCUGUCCCGCAUUGAAAAGCAGCUCAAGCGCCGCUUUGCCAUCGGCUCGCAGGUGUCGGAGCACAGCAUCGUCCAGGACUUCAUGCGGCAGAAAUACCCUGAGCAUGCCAUCUACAAGGUGCUGCAGCUGAUGAUGCGACGGGGGGAGAUCCAGCACCGCAUGCAGCGCAAGGUCCUCUACCGCAUCAAGUGACCUGACCCUAAGUCCCCCACACAGGAGGGAAGAGACAGUGGUGGCUGCCUGACAAGAGCCCUGUGGGGUUGGUGCUGGUGCCUGGAAGAAGCUUUUCCUUGGGGAGCCAGACAGCCUGGGGCCCCUUUAACCACGGUUUGGGGCAGCCAGGCUUCCCCUUGGAUGCCUCACUGUUGUGUCACUUCAGUGUUUCUUUAAUCUCCAAAAGCUUUUAGUUUGUAUUAAAAUAAAAGCUGGUAUUGGUA